AGAUGGCUUUGGGAUGGGUCCCAGGUGAAGGACAUAGCCAUGGAAGUCGCAGCACAGGCAAUAGCUUGAUGGAUUCAAAUGAAGGCAACACAAUGAAUCAGAAAGAGAGUUGUGGCGAAUUUCAGACGGGGUUCAAGAUGCCCCUUCAUUAUCCUCGAUACAAGAAAACUGAUUAUCAAGACAUGGAGGAGUGGAAGGUUGAUUUGCUUCUUACAGAAUAUGGGCUCAUCAGUUUCAAGGGUACCCUUGAGGAGAAAAGGGAAUUUGCUAUUGGGGCAUUCUUAUGGCCUGAUCAGCUUUGAG